AUGGUGGACAAGAAUCGCCUCAAGGCCAUAUGGAAGUCUUUUUCCAUGGCCUCCCCAAACUCCUCCCACGCCCGGGGUUUUUGCCUCGGCGACCACCCGAGCCGCACGUCCCUUGGACUGCCGAUACCCAUCGGCCGCCUCUGGAGUCCCACAGGCCAAAAAGGCCCGUUAGGACUCUUUCUUCAGCUUGACGGCAUCCCUCACCGCCGGUGUCCACCAGCGGGUUCGACGUUUGCCGCCACGACAGGCACCGACAGCCCUGCGACCGCAGCUCUGGGAGGCCGCGUCAUUGAUGGAGGCGCGGAACAUGGCCCACUCGGACUCAAUGUCCCCCACCUCCCCUUGAACGUGCUCGAAGCUCUCCCGGAGGUGGGAGUUAAAGCUCCGCCUAACAGGGUACUCCGACCCUCAGAAUGCGUUUGGGCGUCCCGGGUCUCACCGGCAUCCUGCCCCACCAUCGGAGCCAACUCACCACCAGGUCGUGGUCAGUGGAAAGCUCCGCCCCCCUCUUUACCCGAGUGUCCAAAACAUGCGGCCGCAGAUCAGGCCAUAGUCAAGAGCCUUGUAGAUCAUGAUGCCCAGAGACUCGAUCACCUGAAAGGGGCAAAGAAUACAAUCACCACAACAGGAAUUACAAUGGAACCACUCACCUCAGAGGUUGUGGAAGGGCUGUAUUUACCUGUAAAGAAACAAGCCAAAAGGGUCUUACAUAAGGAGGUCUUUACCUUGGCAGCUCUGGGGGUCCACCGUCACAGACCCGUCUCGCCGGAUCCGGACGCUCCCCGGGCCCGCGAUGCGCGGCGGAGCUCCGGCCACCGGAGCUCCGGUGGCGGUCGGCGGAGCUCCGGGGGCCGCGGCCGGGGAGCCCCUCCUGCCCCGGUGCGCCUCGGCCAGCGUCCGGCAGCACUGGUAGCACACGGCCCACGCCUGCUCCUCGUUGAUGGGCUGGCUGUAAAGCUUGAGAAUCUCCUCCAGGGAGAGGUCCUCCGCUCCGCCGGCGUCCCCCGGUGGAUUCAUCCCCCGAUUCGGCGCCUCGUCGCGGGCGUCUUCCCCGGCAGCCUCUCCCGGUCCUCCGCGGUCUCCGGCGGUGCGCCGCGCGGCCAUCCUCUCAUUCUACCCGCGCCGGAGGCCCGAUGA